CCGGAUUAUCAACCGCACUGUUUACCUUCCGCUGCAGAGGGAUGCACUGAAAUGGCCUGCUUUUUAUUUUCUUAAAAUGUAUUCUCACGGGUCAGAAAGCCUAAUUAAACAAGCGAGAGAGAUCCAGGAGUCUGAGCUGCAGAAGUUUUACAGCAGACUGGUGAAGGUUCUACCACAGAAGGAGCUCGGGCAUGAGACGGUGGACUCCCUGCAGAGGCUGCACCUGAUCCUUUCUGCCAACAAGUACAGCCGAACGCUGCCUGCAGAGCUCCAGCAGAGACUUGCUUCGCUCCUCUCAUCACCUGCAGAGCAGCUUCAGGUGCUCAGCUCCGCUGUGCUCAGGGAGACGGCGCCCCCCGCUGGUCAGGGAGUCAACUACAACCAGGAGAACAGCCAUGCUGCUGCUCUGCUCCUCACUCAGGCUUCAUCCAAGGCCGAUGUGUCGAACCUCUGCGCUCAGCUCAUCCGUAGUCUGGAGAAUCGGCCUUCUGAGGGGCCGGCAAACUCACUCAUGCACUCACUGCCAGUCCUCAACACCAUCCUCACGCACAGCCCAGACUGUCUCACAGAAGAUCAUUUGACGCUCCUGAGCAAAAAGCUUGUGGAUUGGCUGCGCUAUGCCAGCAUCGUGCAGGGAAGCGGGGCUUCCUCGGGGGGAUUCUUCACGGGGGCCAGAUCCCGGCAGCCGCUGCCCACAGCAGAGCUGGAUGGGACGGUGUCGGGGGAUUUCUUCACCGUGCUGUGUGUGGGCCAGGGCUUCACAGAGGACCAGUGGCUGAACGUCUAUUCCUUUUCCAUGCUGCGCCACUGGCUUCUCACCUACCACUCCGUGUCCAGCAGCUACACCGCAGCGGAUACAGCCGGCUCUUUGUUUUCAUCAUCUCCAGUAAACAGGUUACAGCUCAGCCUGUCCCUCUCCCACUCCCACUCCUUUGACGACCGCUCAGAGGUGGACGGGUCAGUGGUUUCCAUGGUUUCAGCGACUUCCUCCACGAGCCGCUUGCUGCCUCCAAAGGAGCGUUUGAGAGAGAAAGCUUUCCAGUACUGCCAGCGGCUCAUCGAGCAGUGCGACCGCAAGGCACAGAAGAAGACGGACACAGAGCUGCAAAAAGCGUGUCUGGUGGAGGCGGUGUGCAUCCUGGACUGCGUGUGCGUUGAGGACCCUUCGCUCGUCUACCAAGCGUUCCCCUGCAUCAAGCCUCUCUUCGGUCGGCUCAGCUCGGACCUGUCGUUUGCUCGAGUCCUGCUGCCGGUGGCCCAGUUCUACCUCAACCACGGUGAGUUGGCAGCGGUGGACUGUGACGGUGUGUGGAGGCUGGUGUUUGGACGGUUUCCUGCCGAGCUGUUCAAUGACCCCUUCCUCGCACACGAGCUUCUACGCUUCCUUCGACUGAACCUGGAGAGUGUGCAGCUUCGAGCUCCUCAAUACACGCGCUCCUUCCCAAACCUCUUAAAGUUUCUAGCCUGGGACAGUCCCACGGUGCUGGAUGACUUUGUGGAUCUGCUGCCCUCCCUGGUCACUACUGGAACUGCAGUGGAGCUGCUGCACUCGCUGCUGGACCUUCCCUGUCUCUCUGCCACGCUGGUGUUGCAGUUCAGGUCUAUGUGUUUGCCCAGCUCUGAGCCGGGAGGCCGAGGCCUCCUGUCACUGGACGCGUUUAGAAACCUCACUUUCAGAGGCCUUUUUCUCUUCCUUCUUCGUGGAGAAGCCGGUUCAGGUGACACCAUUGACCGACUGAGCACGCUCCACGAGCUGCUGGCCGAGGCGGCCGACUGGCCCAGAGUGGUCCAGUGCGCUCAGACCGUCCCCGUGCUGUUGCACAUUUACUUCAACACAGUCAUCACGGUGGCUGACGAGAAGCUUUUAGCACAUUUGAUUCUGGCAAUGCUGGAAAGAAGCGCCCUCCUCCUCAACAUCCCCACAUACAGUAAAGAGAUUCACAGGGUGUUCAGCUGCCACCUGCUGAAGUUUUGUAAACUCCACCCCUCCCUGGUGGUGGACCAGUCUCAGGACCUGCUGCAGUUUGCCGGAACCACCGCCAACGUCUACAGCAAAGAAGAAAUCUACACUCACGUGGUGUGGGUGCUGGGAGAGUACCUGUCGGUGUCAUCUGACUCGCGCUGCUCCGUCAGGCUCAUCACUUCCUGUUUUGAAGCUCUGGAGGCGGUGCUCUUCGAGAUCACCUCGUCUGCGCCGACACCCGGAGCCGUGUGUCCGGCCCCCAAAGUCAUCACCACCUUAAUGAGUGCUCUGGCUAAGCUGGCGUCCCGGUCACAUGACCUCAUACCCAGGGUGUCUCUUUUCCUGUCAAAGUUGAGAACGCUCACCCGCUUUGGAUCGGUUACCUGGUGCGCUGAUGAAGAUGACCUUGUUGCCAUAGUAACCCGAGGAGAGGAGCUGUGGUCACUCCUGAAAGUCCCCGGUGUGGCUCAGAGCGUCCUGACCCCUCCAGCCCACGUCAGCACGCCGCAGUGGCACCGAGACACCAACCUGGCCACGGCCCUGCAGCUGCGGCUCCUCACCAGCCUCACGCACUCGGUGACGCGCACGUCUUCCUCGUCAUCCUGCACCGGGGCCGAUGACGCAUCUCUCGUCUUGUAACGUUCAUUCCAGUCAAGCUUGUUGUUGAUUGUUUUUUGCACUUUGAUUUAGUAAAUUAAUGACAUAAUUCCAGUGAAACCUGAUCUUAAGAAGCAAUAAAUGAUUUUAACAAAA